AUGUCCGACUACCCCGCAGAAUUCCAGGUUUACAGUGAACCCGGACGUACCAUCCUAGGUGACAAUCCAAUACUCGAACUCCUCUUAGAGAACAAUGACCGUCCAUUUGCCCAUGAAGCUGGCGUCUUCAUUCCAGAAUCAAACACUCUGUUCGUGACUAGCAACCAAUAUCCACAUCCAGACACCAACCAGCCACACAUCCACAUCAGCCGCAUCACUCUGCCUUCAUCCAUCCACAGCACCGAGACGACGUGUACCCAGAUAACAACAGACAACGUCCCUAUGGCCAAUGGCGGCAUAAACUACCAGAACGGCAUCCUAUUCUGCGCACAAGGAACACUCACCACCCCAGGUGGGCUGGCAUACAUGCCACUCCCCUCAAAUCCAAGCGAUCACACAUCGACGAGCUCAUAUGCAUCAAAAUUACUGAUAAAGUCUUUCCACAAUCGGCCCUUCAACUCACCCAACGACGUCGUUGUUCACAGCGAUGGAAGCCUAUGGUUCACCGACCCCAUCUACGGCUCCGAACAAGGCAUUCGUCCUCCCCCACGGCUACCAAACCAGGUCUAUCGCUUCGAUCCCAAAACAGGAGGGAUCAGAGCGGUGGCGGACGGGUUUGGGCGCCCGAACGGAAUCUGCUUCAGUCCAGGGGAGGAGACGUGUUACGUGACGGACACGGAUUGGAUCCAUGGUGAUGGAAGCACGGAUGAGACAAGAGCGUCACACAUAUAUGCAUUCGAUGUGAAGAUGUAUUCCGGGCAGCCGUUUCUCGUCAACAGGCGCUUGUUUGCAAUGGCCGAUACGGGAAUUCCUGAUGGGAUCAAGUGCGAUGUACAUGGCAAUUUGUAUAGUGGGUGUGGUGAUGGUGUCAAUAUCUGGUCGCCUGGCGGUGUCUUGUUGGCGAAGAUAUUGGUUGAUGGAGGUGUUGCUAAUUUCUGCUUUGGUAGGGAUGGACAGCUUUUCUUGCUGAAUGAGCAUAGGCUGUGGCGAGCACAGAUCUCGCCAGAGUGUAAGGGUGCUCUACUCAGGAUCUAG